AUGACAACGCCCUUUGAUGAAGAACAAGAAGAAGAUAUAAAACAAACUGAAGAACAGUUUCUAUUGGAGCCAACACAAACCAAAAAUGGUGCCAGGUUUGUCAUGGUCAACACUCGCCCAGACUAUGAGUAUCGAUCACAAGAUCUUACUGCAUUGUGUUUAUAUGAUUUUGUCAGUCAUUUUCACAAGAAACUUAUCGACAAAUCCGAUCACCAUUUGAUAAAGAAUGCGAAUGGGUCUGAAUGUGAACGACUAGAUACAGAAGGAACAAAAAUGAAUGAACGGUACGCAUUUGAGAGUGCACACCCACAAUCAUCAUCACAUAUCGCCAUUAAACACACCAAUCCAGUUGUACCAGUUCUCGUUGGACCUCAAAUACCACGCAAAGAACGAGAAGAAACACGCGAGCGCUACAGUCGUGCAUUGUUAACUUUAUUCGUACCAUGGAGAUCAGUUCACGAUCUUUGUAUAUUGAAUCAGACAUGGGCUGAGGCAUUGGAAGUUCAAAAACCAUUGAUCUCUCCCGCCUCACUCAAGAUUAUAGAAAAUAUACAACUUUUGCAUGAAUGUAAACACGACCGAGAUGAGCACCUUCGUCAAGUGCUUGUAGAAGCACAGAGUGACAAUAGCAUCGAUCCUGUUUUGAUACCUAACUACUAUGAAGAAGAUCAAAAUACCGAAGAUAAUGAUCCUGAAGAGCUUUUUCAAAUGCUCUCCAUCGUAAAUGAGGCCACCACAAAUGCCUACUCUGCAUUAAACGGCAAUCAAGAGCAAAGCUACCUCUACGAUGCAUUGCAAGCAAUUGAUAACACAGAUCGAUUUGCAUUACUCAAUGACCAGAGAAACGUAUGGAACCAAAAUAGCGAUGAUAUCGUACACGAUUCAAGCACAUUCGUGGUAGCUCAUUCACAUCAUGCAGCAAUGAUUAAAGAGUGGAAACGUGAUAUUGAAAACAGAAGGGAUAAAGCAAGAAAUUAUUUAAUUUCAGGUGAAAAUACUGUAGAAAUUAGAGAUGAUGAAGUGCAGAUUGAAGCCGUAGCGGUUGAAAUACCAACCAGUCCAUUUAAGGCACAAACUACUGCAGUGCCACCGGUGACGAUAACAACAGCAAUCUCAUUUCCAACAAAAAUGGAUAUCAUCAAACAAUUCACAUUAAAUAGUCAGCAGAAGUAUGCUUUUAUGAUUGUUACUAGUCACCUAGAUGGUGAAAACCAAAUUCACACGGGCUCUGCUGACAACCAGUUAUUGAUGUGUGUACCUGGUUGUGGCGGCACUGGUAAAUCUCAAUUGAUUCGCGGGAUGACGCAAUAUUUCCAAAUAAUAAAGAGGGGCAAAAUGCUGCGUAAACUGGCACCAACGUCUAUAGCAGCAGCAGAAAUUGAUGGUUUAACCAUUCAUUCAUUUUUAGGCGAAAGUCGCAAAAAUUCCAAAAAGAAGCAAACACGAACAUUCAGACCCGGCGAUACGAAGUUGGAAAAUGAAUGGCGUCAUGUCAAAUACUUGAUAAUCGAUGAGAUGAGUAUGGUUGGACUUAGUCUAUUAGCUCGUCUCAAUCGUAUAGUGAAAAUAGCAAAGCAUAUCAAUUCAGAUAUUCCUUUUGGGGGUGUAAAUGUGAUUUUUUUGGGGGCCUAUCUGCAAUAUUCUCCAGUGUUGGAUAGACCUCUCUAUCACAGCUGUGCAUCGUCUGAACAAAUUACGGAACGUCAAAUAGAUAUGCAAUGUGCACAGAAACUUAUAUCUCAAAUGAAUUGCGUAGUUGAAUUGAGCCAGCAAAUGCGAACCGAAGACCUCCGAUAUUUAGAGCUUUUAAACAGAUUGAGAAGCGGGCAAUCAACAAUUGAAGAUUAUCAACUUCUUUGUACGCGUAUCAUUGGAAAUCCAAAGCUACAAGCAUCUUUGCAACAGAAGCCAUGGAAUGAAGCUCCAAUACUCGUUUUUCGAAACACACUUCGCACUCAACUUAACAAUCGAGCUGUGUUAAAUAAAGCAAUGGAAAUGGGACUUCGACCAAUGGCGUGUGCUGCUCAAGAUUAUUUUCAUGGAAAGAUUAUAGACGAUUUACGGUUACGCAAAACGAUUCUUGAAUUACCUGACAACAAAACGGAACAUCUUCCAGGCUAUUUACCUCUUGUACCUGGGAUGCCAGUUUUACUUACAGAAAACGUGGCUACAGAGCUCGGACUCUCCAAUGGUACACGUGGAAUAUUCCAUCAACUUUUAUACGAAGAAUCUUCAGCGGAUAUUCAAUUUCAAGACAAGAAUUUUCCAAGAAAUACCAAGUUUAUCACUCAACCAAAAUACGCCUUAGUAGAAUUUCUCAAUUGCAAACUUGAUUCUGAACUUGCUGAACUUCAAGCCAAGAUCAUUCCUAUACCAAUCAGUGAGCAAACAUUUCUGUUUGAUGUUAAGGAGCUUCUUGCAGAAAAUGUUGCAAAAGCCGCAAAAAUUAACAAAAAAAACCACAAAAAUCUCAAUCAAGCGUAA